AUGGAAGGAGACAACAAUAAAGAAAAUAGCGACAUAAACACGCCCACACAGAACACAGCAUCCGCGGGCAUAGAAGGCUCCCCAAACAGCUCGAAGUCCUCCAAGCAGCUUAAAAAACUGCUGGCCAGGCCCUCGCAAACCAGAGACACAAAAGAUAACGAAGAUUCAGACAAAAGCGACUCAGAGCCAGAAGCGCAGCCCACCGGGGUUUUUCAAUCGGUGAAAGAUGAAGCAAAAAUAAAAAAAGACAGAGCAAAGGUCCAGAACAAAAACAGCGAAGUGGAGGAUUUGGAAGACAAGACGCCCUUUUCCUUUUUCAAUAUCAUGGAGUAUAUUGAAACAAACUUGAAAGGAGUGUACUACUAUCUGGCUCUGCUUGCAUACGCCAUAGUAGGCACGUUCAUCAUUCUCCUCCCGCCCUCUAUCAUUCUUCUCAUCCAGAAGACGCAUGCUCCGCACAUAUUCACUCCUAUCUCAUUGUAUGAAAACAUCACCCCUGCUCAAGAAAACUUCAAAAUAGGAGUUUUCCUGUCUGCGAUGUUUUUAACGUACUUGCCUACCCAGCUGGUAGUCAAUAGGAUAGUGUUCAUCCUGGCCAUGCUCUGCGACAUGUUUGACCACAAAAUAAGCCACGGUGGAAAAGUUAUUCUAUUUAUUAUUGAUGAUGUAAAGGGUUUGCUUACUUUUUUUAUCCUCGGAAUAUUUGGAAUAAUCCACUGCAAUCUUUUCCUGGAGAAGUACUCUAUUACCAAGAUGGAGGUUGUGGGAUACGGCAGAGUCGCAGGGUACUCCAUGUGUCUGUGCAUUCUGUUCGGAUUUUUCAUAUGCGAAAAGUUUUUCCUCAAGAUGGCCAUUGCCUAUUGCGGAAAUAACGUAUUCUCAGGGCGAAUUGGCGAAGUGAACUUAAAGACUUCAAUUCUCAGGCGCCUUGCGCAGUACUCAGAAGUUCUUUCUACACAGAGCCUGACGGACAUGCAGAGCGAAGUGUUUUCAGGAAUAGAAAUAACGGACACUUUUUUGGUCCAUUUUUCAGACUUUAAAAUACGCUCCAAGCAGCACUGCGAAGAGAUAGUCUACGGAAUACUCUCUGGCGUUGCGCCCCAGGGCCAUGCACAGCAGGAAGACGAAAAUGAAGAGAGCCAGAAAGAAAACAAGAAAGACAAGAGACUGAGCAUAAGCAUUACGAUGGACCACAUCAAAGACGCAUUCAACUCCCAGUGGAUGGACAUCUGGAAAUACAUGGAAGAGCACGGAUACACCAAAGAUGCAGAGUCUCAUCUGAUCGAAGGAGAAAGUCUUCUGAAAAUGGCACACUCCGCAUAUUCUGAGAGAAUCGAUCUGAAAAGAACCCUGUACGACAGAGAUAAGAUACUAAGCACUCUGGACUACAUUCUGGAGGGAGUGGCUCUGAUUCUUACUCUUAUGAUAAGCACGCCUUUUAUAGGCUUCGAUCCUGUGCGAGCUUUGGCUGGAUUUGUUCCUUUGCUGAUGAGUUCAGGAUGGCUGUUUUCAGACAUUAUCAAGGACGUUUUCAACAACUUUAUAUUUUUACUGCACGAGCAUCCGUUCGAUGUUGGCGACAAAAUAAUAGCAAAGAGCGAGGAGUUCACAGUGCUGCGCAUUGACCUGAUGUACAGCACAUUCACGUCAAAGGGCGGGACUGUGUGCUACAUCCCAAACAAGGAGCUCAUCAAGGAAGCCAUUUUCAACAUGAGAAGAAGCGACAUCCAAACAGAGCUUGUUGUCUUUAUGAUAAAAGAUGAGCAGUCGAUUGACAAACUUGAAGAAAUAAAGGAAAAGAUCGUGGGAAUACUCAAGGGCAAAGAGCUGGACGGAAAGACCAGAAUAACUAUACAGGACUUUGAGAUCCAGAGCAGCAAGACUCUGGUGACAUUCAGAAUCGAAUAUCUGUGCAACUUCCAGGACCCAGAGCCCAAACUAACCAGGAGACAUAUUCCACUUGAAAUAGUUCAGAAUGCUAUACGCCUUGUCGGGUGCUCAUAUGCCGAGCAGAAGGCAUGCAGCAGCAUAUAG